AUGUCGUUGGAUUCACUUCUCGCUAUCGAGGGUGAGAACAUCAAGGGCAGUGAAAGUGUUGCUACAUAUUCUUAUGGUAACAUAUUCUUGAAUUAUGCAGCUUCCAAGACAUCGUUAUUGAUCGCCCAGCUUCGACAGUCUCAAGCUGAUCUUAAUGCACAACAUCAUGAUGAAAAAUAUGCAUUAACCGCAUUGAAUGAACGUUUCCAUCUCUUCGUGGAAUAUGUUCAACGACUGGAAUCACAACAUGCCAAAUACAUGGCUCAAUUGGCCUCAUUUAUACGACACUCGUAUGAUAUCAGUACUAUUGAAAGUAAAUACAAAGAAGAGUAUGUGCAUUUAAACUCUAAUCUUAUGGCAUUAAACAGUGAAAAGAUCGAUGAUGAAAUCGGACGUGAAAUGUUUCAAUUACAGGCUGCCAUCUAUCUUCAAUUGAUUGAGCUUGAACAAUAUACAAAAGGUGAACAAUCUUUGAAAUUAGAAGAACAAUUGAAUAAGACAUCGGCUAUGCUCAGUACUCUACGUACAUCGCAUGCAAAUUUAGAACGGGAAAUUAAAACUCUGUUUGCAUUGCGUUCAAAAACAUUACAAGAGUACCUGAUACUGACACAAAAGUGGUACAACGUGAAAAAAAAUACAAGUGAACAGAAAUGGAGUACGAAAGUGUUGAAGAAUCAAAUUAUUUUUUACAAGAAUAUACAUUCGUAUUUAAAGUCGGUGUAG